AGUUUCGAACGGAUCGUGUUCUCUAUUCGAAAUUUAUUGAUUAUCGAUAACUGUUAAUUAUACAAGUUAAAGAUAUUUGCAAAUCGGUAGUGCAGUGAAAGUGUUUGCUUUUCUCCUGAACUUCUAAAAAGUUCAAAGCAACUCGUUAAGACAUUCUAUAGUGUUAGCCACUUUAUCUAGUGAAAAGUGAAUACUCAAGCGCAUUUCAAUCAUGCCGCGCCCAUCUCGUGAAUCCUACGGUGAUCAGAAGCCACCGUACUCGUACAUUUCGCUGACGGCUAUGGCCAUUUGGAGUUCACCGGAAAAGAUGCUUUGCCUCAACGAUAUCUACAAGUACAUCACGGAUCGGUUCCCAUACUACCGGAACAAUACACAGCGUUGGCAGAACUCACUGAGGCAUAACCUCAGCUUCAACGAUUGCUUCAUCAAAGUUCCACGUCGUCCGGAUCGCCCUGGCAAGGGAUCGUACUGGACUCUGCACCCGAAGGCCUUCGAUAUGUUCCAGAAUGGCAGUCUGCUGCGCCGUCGCAAGCGCUUCAAGUUGCACGAAAACGACAAGGAAAGCCUCAACGAAGAAUUCAUCGCCCUGGCCAAUAUGAAUCGAUUCUUCAUGUCCCAAGGAAACCAAUUCCACGAUCCCUACUAUUCUGCGAUGCCGGAAAACAUCAACCCGAACAUGCUAUACACACCAAUUUCGCCACCACAAUCGCCGCCGGAAGCUCUCCGUGCAACCAGCCAAUCACCGGAACAACCACAAGCUACAGCCCUGGGAUCUUUCCAGCCACAUGGCGCUACAACCACGGCUCCGUCCAUAACAAAACCAAAGCGGUCCUUCACCAUCGACAGUCUGAUUGGAGACGAUUCCGAUAGCAAGGAAGAAUGUUCGUCUUCCGAUUCCGAAGACUACAACACUGCGCCAACCGCAAUGGCCCCGAACCCAGCUCAUCUGGAACAACUCCGCGCUUCGCUACAUCUCAGCCAGCAGAUCCAGGCCCAGCAGCAGGCGGCCUUCAACGAAUACGCAGCAGCUGCUGCAGCCGCCGCAGCCCAUCACCAUCACCAGCAGCAGGUGGCCGUUGCUGCUGCCAUGGCGAGUGCCAAUCCUUACGGUAUGCAUCCGUUGUUGAUGCCGCAGAUGCCCAAAUUGCCACCGCCAGCGUACUUUUUGCCGCCGGUGUUUUCGCAUCAGCCGACGGCACCGCAAUCGAUGCUCAACGGCCCGUCCGGAAUGCCACAACAGCCGUCGGAGGCCGCCAUGCACUUGGCGGCCAUGGACCCUCGGAACAGCGAAUCCGCCAUGGUGCUCGGAUAGACGGCAGGCCGCCUACGAGUCGUCGGAAGCUCCUGGAGUCUCCGAAAGCAAUCUAGGACACAAUUUGACUACAUGUGUAGGUGAGCGUGGUAGGGUUUAUUUAUUUGCAAUUAACAGACUAGUACGAUCGAGUGCGAGUGACAGGGCCGAGUGUUUAGAUUACCUUUUGAAAAGUUGAGUUUCUAGACAUCAGACAGGUGGAACCGCAAGCUCCCUUCUAGGUGGGCGCGAAGUGGAAAGCAGAAAAAAACAUUGUGAUGUUCUUAGGUUUAGUAGAAACAGGCAAUAUACUUUUUCCAUAAAAGUUUAGCUGAUAAGUUCCGUUCAUAGACUGAAUAAAUUUAUGUUUAUUUUAUUUUUUUAAACUAACGAAAAAAAU